AUGACCUACGGGCGAUUGAAAACCCAGUCGGCGCAUCAUGUCAACGGUGCGGAAACACACGCCCAUUACUUACGUUCCAUUCCAAUCUAUGUGUUCAAGACCGGCGGUGUGCUCCUGUUAAAACUCUGGGUGUAUUUACUUCCCACAACUUUUCUGUUGCCUUUCACGGAGCCUAUUUUCAAAUCAGAAUUUUUACGACCCUAUCAACUUUCUGCCACUAUUCCCUUACAUAAUAAAUAUGAAGCAAUAAACAUUUUAACAUUGUAA